CACAACCGGUGUUGUCUCACUUUAUCUGCGCCAACAUGGCUGAUGAAACGGCGAAAGCGCAGACUGCCCGGCCGGGCGGAGACACGAUAUUUGGAAAAAUCGUACGCAAGGAGAUUCCGGCCAACUUAAUCUAUGAGGAUGACAAGUGUGUAGCCUUCCCUGACAUUUCUCCUCAAGCUCCCACACACAUCCUCGUCGUCCCAAAAAAGCCAAUUGUUCAGCUGUCACAAGCAGAGGACGAUGAUGCUGCAUUGUUGGGCCACUUGAUGAUAGUUGCCAAAAAGUGUGCUAAAGACGCGGGUCUGUCUAAAGGCUACAGGGUCGUCGUCAAUGAUGGGCCAGAUGGAGGCCAGUCCGUCUAUCACAUCCACCUCCACGUCCUGGGUGGACGCAGGAUGGAGUGGCCCCCCGGCUAAACCUCCAUCUCCCGGCACAGACCAUCCUGCCAUCAGUGUUCACAUCUGUUGUCUGACAACUCGUACUGUAACCUAUUGUAAACUAAAACAGUUUGUCAUGUGAAACAAGAGCCAAACAAAACCCUGAAAUUCACUAAUGGUAAUAAAAUGCAAUUUCACACCAA